CUUGUUGCAUGUCUCCGCAACUACCAUGAACGCGUACAAAGUCUACCAUGAAUUGCGUCGAUGAAGGACUACGGCGCCGCUCCCCCAACCCGAAUUCUCCAGUGGCCACUUCCCCUGUCCCAAGCGCUCAUUCGGAGCCCGCUGGGACGAGGUCAAAUGCCGGCAGUAAUUCCGAAGCAUUCGCCCGACUUCCCACCAUCCGGCUCGUCAGACCAACUUCUAUCCCUUCUCUCGCAGCGACUCCCCAAAUAAGAUCCCAGUCCGAUGAUGGUGGUCGGCAGAGCCUUCGUCCUCCUGUAUCCACUUCGGUUCGCCGGAGUGAAAGUACUCCAGAUCCUGGCUCUUACCCGAGUCGGUACACAUGGGCACAAAGCUCAACGACAUCUCGAUUGAACCAGCCUGUCCCGCCGCUGCCCUUAAACAUUGCGAAGCUGGUCCAAGAUGCUGAUGUCGACGAGCCGACGACAUUGAAGCCGGCCAAAAGCAUCGCUAGCAGUCAUUUCACGCUUAGAAAUCCGUUCGUUUGGAACAGCGGGAGACCCAUAGACGAUGGUGCACAGGGGAAGGAACGACAGCCCACGAGACUCUUACGGUCUCUCAGAGCUCCAAAUAUGAUGUCCAAGUGGACUUUUGAAACUGCUAGUCAGACCUCGCAAUCGCUCCUACGAAAAGCAAGGCAUCUCGGAGCAGGGGAGAAAAGGGCUGAGACCGAGGCUUUCGAAACAAACCAUGGCGCACCAGGAUCAACUGGCAAGGAUACAACAGCAUAUCUUCGACACGUCGCCAAGUUUCCAAUGUCCAACGUCGGUGGGAGAGAUGAAGAGUGGACAUUAUUUAAGUGGAUAUUGCUAGUCUCCAUCCUGAGUGUGCUCAUAUAUGGGCUGGCAGGCAUGUGCUGGGCGAUGCUCAUCGUCUUGCGCAGUGAGCAAGAGUGGACUUGGACUGGGCUGAUGAUUUCAGUAAAAGCCGACAGCAGCGUGACGAUGGUGUCUGAUCCAGACAUUGUCAUCUUCCUCACGCUGGCUUCUGUUCUCUGCAUCUUCUCGUUUUUGGUGGGGCUGACAGGCAUCUUGCUAAAUUCUCGACCCAUACUCGCCUUUUACAACCUCCUCCUCUGGCCUACUUUCCUUUCCAUGGCCAUUGUGGGGUAUACGGCAUACAAGAGAGGAAACCUCCAACUCGAUAGGAAAUUAAACCAAGCUUGGAGUCGAGCCUUCUCGGACAAAGAUCGGUUGACAAUUCAAAACGAGCUUUCAUGUUGUGGCUACUACACCCCGUACCACGACGCGGCGUACUCUCAGCAAUGUUAUCCAAGAGCUCAAUUACCAGGCUGCAAGUUGCCGUGGGCAGCCUACGAAGCUCAAUCUCUACGUGGAUUCUCAGACAUGGCUUUCAGUAUUCUCGCUUUCCACCUACUGAAUAUCAUCGUCGCGUUGAUCUGUUCAAACCAUGUGGAUGUGACAUUCGGUAGAGGUCUUGUACCCCCUCGAUACCGUCGCCAAGCUACCAUGGUGCACAUGUCAACAACGCCCAUGAUGGCAAGAUCGGUGUCGACACUGCCACUGUACACCGCGCUGUCGAGACCACCCUCGUACAACGGUAGGAUAGCAGACAGACUCAGGUGA